AUGGUCCGUGGUGGAAAUCGACACAUUCUGCCAGUCUCUUUCAACGAGCCGCCGAUGUGCCAAAAUCAGCAAAACCGACAUUGCUCUUGUCCGGAAAUGCCCGGUCUCUCCAGAAUUCAGACAACCCAAGAUGGCUUCGUGCAGGAAAGGAUGUACCUCCCCAGCGACACAGCAAGUACCUCCGAGCAUGCCAUGCUUCUAAAUCAUGAUGGACCAGAGAACUAUGGUUCCGUAAAUGUGGAGGUUGUGGAUUCCGAUUCAGCUUCAGACUCCCAACUCAGCUCGCUGCCAGGGUACUCCGAGUGCGCAAGAGAUUUGCCUCCUGACUACACUUUGGGACUACGACGUCUCCUGCAAGAAUUUUUCUCAAAAUGCGCACAAAAUGUCCGCGCCCGUCAUGGCAUCGGCAUGAUCGAAGUUGCGGCCUUUUUGAGGGUUCGAGUCGCAAUCUGUAGACGGUUCUGUACUGCCGGAGUUGUGUGCCAGUGGCCGCGCCUGGAGAAGAAUGAACAGAAGGCAGUGGUGUGCGAGAAGACGAGAGGCUGCGAGGCGAUGGGUUGCUACUUCAUCGCACCCACCCGCAACCGAACAUGUCCGUCGCGCGAUUCAUGCUUCUAUCAAGGCUCUCAUCCGCCUGAAACGACGCAUGUCAUACGCAGCAUGCCUCCUCCCAGACCACCGCACGACCCUUUUGCGACGACCAUACCAACAGCAUCAUCCCUGCGGCAUCAGCCCUCACAAAGCAGCCUGCGAUCGCAUGCGAGCGCUGCGUCGACGCGUCAUAAUGGCCUCCUCACCUCUGCACGUACGCGACGACCUAAUAAUCGCUCAACACCAAGACUCGAAGACGGAGUGCUCGCGGAUUCGGAAUCAGAUAGAGACACAAUAAUGGCACCAAGGCAGAAGCUGCUACAACAGCGAGGUUUUAGGCAUGGCUCUCCAGAGCGCAGACAUGCACGACCGAAGCCGGCGAGACAGCAGGUUGAGGACCAAGAUAUUGUGAACAGACAACCUGAUGGUAGCUACUUGCUGGGUGCACCUGCUCUGGGAACGCCUUCUUUGAUGCCUAUGUAUGGGUCAGGGCAUGAAGAUGGCGAGGUCAACCCAGCAAGAAAGUACUUCACGUCAGGAACGCACAUGGGUGUCCGGCAGAGCAGACAGGCAGAAGACGAGUACGAACGCGAUCGACCGGAAAUGAUGGCAGUGCUUAGACAAGAGGUGAUGCACAAAUUGGAUAAAGAGAGGUGGUUGUAUGAGCCCGGAGAUGGUCUACCAACCAUCCUGCCAGCAUCUUGA